AUCUUCCGGAGACGAACACGUUUUUGGGAUAGGUUUUUGUGUCGGCGCUGCGUGUGGUGGGAUCUGGUGUAGUGGCUGUGUGUCCCAGCUGUAAUGUCACAGAGAAGUGGGCAAGAAGACCCGGAGCGGUACCUGUUUGUGGACCGGGCCGUGGUCUACAACCCGAGUGCUCAGGCGGACUGGACGGCCAAGAGGCUGGUGUGGAUCCCUUCAGAGAGACAUGGGUUCGAAGCAGCCAGCGUCCGGGAGGAGAGGGGAGAUGAGGUGGUGGUGGAGUUGGUGGAAAAUGGGAAGAAGGCCAUUGUGAACAAGGAUGAUGUUCAGAAGAUGAAUCCUCCCAAGUUCAGUAAAGUGGAGGACAUGGCAGAGCUGACGUGUUUGAACGAGGCAUCGGUGCUGCACAACCUCAAAGACCGAUACUACUCUGGACUCAUCUAUACGUAUUCUGGCCUCUUCUGCGUGGUCAUAAAUCCCUACAAAAAUCUGCCCAUCUACUCAGAGAACAUCAUAGAGAUGUACAGGGGCAAGAAGAGGCACGAGAUGCCCCCUCACAUCUACGCCAUCUCAGAGUCUGCGUACAGGUGCAUGCUCCAAGAUCGAGAGGAUCAGUCCAUACUUUGCACGGGUGAAUCCGGCGCAGGCAAAACAGAAAACACCAAAAAAGUCAUUCAGUACCUGGCCUACGUGGCCUCGUCACACAAGGGACGCAAAGACCACAACAUUCCACCAGAAUCACCUAAACAAGUGAAACAGGCAAGUCUCCGCACAAGUGGAGCCCUGUUUUAUGGAGAACUGGAGCGUCAGCUUCUUCAGGCCAAUCCCAUUCUGGAAUCUUUCGGGAAUGCCAAAACUGUGAAAAACGACAACUCAUCAAGAUUUGGAAAAUUCAUCAGAGUCAACUUUGAUGUGACGGGUUAUAUAGUUGGGGCCAAUAUUGAAACUUAUUUACUAGAAAAGUCUCGAGCAAUCCGACAAGCCAAAGAUGAACGCACCUUCCACAUCUUCUACCAGCUGUUGGCCGGGGCUGGAGAGCAUCUCAGAUCGGACCUGCUCCUGGAAGGAUUCAGCAAAUACCGUUUUCUGUCUAAUGGAAAUCUGUCCAUCCCAGGCCAACAGGACAAAGACAACUUCCACGAAACGAUGGAGGCCAUGCAGAUCAUGAGCUUUGGCCACGAGGAGAUCCUGGCGAUGCUGAAGGUAGUGUCAGCAGUGCUUCAGUUUGGAAACAUUGUCUUCAAAAAGGAGAGAAACACCGAUCAGGCCUCAAUGCCUGAUAACACUGCUGCUCAGAAACUUUGUCAUUUACUGGGGAUGAAUGUGAUGGAGUUCACCCGAGCCAUUCUUACUCCACGGAUCAAAGUGGGCAGAGAUUAUGUCCAGAAAGCGCAAACUAAAGAGCAGGCUGAUUUUGCCAUAGAGGCCUUAGCCAAAGCCACAUAUGAACGCCUGUUCCGCUGGCUUGUCCAUCGAAUUAACAAAGCUCUGGACAGGACCAAACGACAAGGGGCCUCUUUUAUCGGCAUCCUGGACAUAGCAGGAUUUGAGAUAUUCCAGUUGAACUCGUUCGAGCAGCUGUGCAUCAACUACACCAAUGAGAAGCUCCAGCAGCUGUUCAACCACACCAUGUUUGUGCUGGAGCAGGAAGAGUACCAGCGGGAGGGCAUCCAGUGGAACUUCAUCGACUUCGGACUCGACCUCCAGCCCUGCAUUGACCUCAUCGAGAAACCGGCUAACCUCCCAGGCGUCUUGGCGCUGCUUGAUGAGGAGUGCUGGUUCCCCAAAGCCACAGACAAGACGUUUGUUGAUAAGUUAAUUCAGGAGCAGGGGACUCACCCCAAGUUUCAGAAACCACGGCAACUGAAAGACAAAGCUGAUUUUUGCAUCAUACACUACGCUGGAAAGGUGGAUUAUAAAGCUGAUGAAUGGCUGAUGAAGAACAUGGAUCCUCUGAAUGAUAAUGUGGCCACUCUUCUUCAUCAAUCAACCGACAAAUUUGUGGCGGAACUAUGGAAAGACGUGGACCGUAUAGUGGGCUUAGACCAGGUGGCUGGGAUGAACGAGACGGCCUUUGGUGCCACCUACAAAACCAAGAAGGGAAUGUUUCGCACAGUGGGCCAGCUCUACAAAGAGUCCCUCACCCGACUCAUGGCAACUCUGCGAAACACCAACCCCAACUUUGUUCGCUGUAUCAUCCCCAACCACGAAAAGAGGGCUGGUAAACUGGACCCUCACCUGGUUCUGGACCAACUGCGCUGUAAUGGAGUCCUGGAGGGCAUCCGGAUCUGCAGACAGGGCUUCCCCAAUCGCAUCGUCUUCCAGGAGUUCAGACAGAGAUACGAGAUACUGACACCAAAUGCAAUUCCCAAGGGUUUUAUGGACGGAAAGCAGGCGUGUGAGAGAAUGAUCCAAGCCUUGGAGCUGGACCCAAACCUGUACCGCAUCGGCCAGAGUAAGAUUUUCUUCAGAACGGGCGUGUUGGCUCACCUGGAGGAGGAAAGGGACCUGAAGAUCACAGACAUAAUCAUCUACUUCCAGUCUGCGUGCCGUGGGUAUUUGGCACGCAAGGCCUUUGCUAAAAAACAGCAGCAGUUGAGCGCAUUGAAGGUUCUGCAGAGGAACUGUGCAGCCUACUUAAAGCUACGACACUGGCAGUGGUGGAGGCUCUUCACUAAGGUAAAGCCUCUUCUGCAGGUGACCAGGCAGGAGGAGGAGCUGCAGGCCAAAGACGAGGAGCUACUCAAAGUGAAAGAACGACAGCUCAGGGUGGAGAACGAACUGGUGGAGACAGAGAGGAAAUACCAACAGCUCAUGGAGGAGAAAAACAUCCUGGCCGAGCAGCUCCAAGCCGAGACGGAGCUGUUUGCAGAGGCUGAGGAGAUGAGAGCGCGGCUGGCGUCAAGAAAGCAAGAGCUUGAAGAAAUCCUACAUGACCUGGAGUCUCGUGUGGAGGAGGAAGAGGAGAGGAACCAGAGCCUUCAGAACGAGAAAAAGAAGAUGCAGGCGCACAUACAGGACCUGGAGGAGCAGCUCGACGAGGAGGAGGCGGCUCGGCAGAAACUACAGCUAGACAAAGUCACCGCUGAGGCCAAGAUUAAAAAGAUGGAGGAAGAUAUCCUGCUGCUUGAAGAUCAAAACUCCAAGUUUCUCAAGGAGAAAAAGUUGUUGGAGGACAGGAUUUCUGAAACCACAUCCCAACUCACAGAAGAAGAGGAAAAGGCCAAGAACCUCAGCAAAAUCAAAAACAAGCAAGAAAUGAUGAUGAUUGAUUUGGAGGAGCGUUUGAAAAAAGAGGAGAAGACGCGCCAGGAGUUGGAGAAGGCCAAGCGUAAACUAGAUGCUGAAAACACCGACCUCCAAGACCAGAUCGUAGAGAUCCAAUCUCAGAUUGACGAGCUGAAGGUCCAACUAUCCAAGAAAGAGGAGGAGCUGCAGACCUUACUAGCCAGGAGCGAUGAGGAAACUCUGCAGAAGAACAACGCUCUGAAGCAGGUGCGUGAGCUUCAGGCCCAGCUGGCCGAGGUGCAGGAGGAUCUCGAGUCUGAGAAACUGUGUCGAAGCAAAGCCGAGAAACUGAAGAGAGACCUGAGCGAGGAACUGGAGGCUCUGAAGACCGAGCUGGAGGACACACUAGACACUACAGCCACACAGCAAGAGCUCAGGACGAAGCGUGAGCAGGAGGUGGCCGAACUGAAGAAGGCCAUUGAAGAAGAGACAAAGAAUCAUGAGGCUCAGAUCCUGGACAUGAGGCAGAGACACGGCGUGGCUCUGGAGGAACUGUCAGAGCAGCUGGAACAGGCCAAGAGGUUCAAAGCCAACCUGGAGAAAAACAAACAGAGCCUGGAGAGCGAGAACAAAGAGCUGUCGUCAGAGGUGAGGAGUCUGGCUCAGGCCAAAACCGAGUCAGAACAUCGCAGGAAGAGACUUGAGACACAGGUUCAGGAGUUCAUGAGCCGCGCCACUGAGGCUGAGAUGGCCAAAGGAGAGCUGUCCGAACGAUCACACAAACUACAGAUGGAGUUGGACAACGUGUCUUCCUUGUUAGAAGAAGCAGAGAAGAAGGGCAUCAAGCUGACUAAGGAUGUGGAGAGUCUGGAGAGCCAGUUACAAGACACACAGGAGUUACUCAAAGAGGAAACCCGUCAGAAGUUGAACCUGAGCAGCCGCAUCCGUCAGCUGGAGGAGGACAAGAACAGCCUGCUGGAGCAGCAAGAAGAAGAGGAGGAGUCAAGACGGAAUGCAGAGAAACAACUGCAGGCAGUGCAAGCUCAGCUGUGUGAGUCCAAGAAGAGGCUGGACAGUGACACGUCUGUGAUGGAGGCCCUGGAGGAGGCCAAGAGGAGGCUGCAGAGGGAUCUGGAGCUGUCCCUGCAGUGUGUGGAGGAGAAGAACAUGGCCAUGGACAAACUAGAGAAGACCAAGUGCAGACUUCAGCAGGAGCUGGAGGACCUCAUGAUCAGCGUGGAGCAACAGAGACAGGUGGCAUCCAACCUGGAGAAGAAGCAGAAGAAGUUUGACCAGUUGCUGGCUGAAGAGAAGACAAUCUCCGCUCGUUAUGCAGAGGAACGUGAUCGUGCCGAGGCAGAGGCCAGAGACAAAGAGACCAAACUCUUGUCUUUGGCCAAAGCUCUGGAGGACAUGACAGAGGCCAAAGAGGAACUGGAGAGGUCCAACAAACAGCUGCGUGUCGAAAUGGAGGAUCUGAUGAGCUCCAAGGACGACGUGGGCAAAAAUGUGCACGAGCUGGAGAAGUCAAAGCGCACGUUGGAGCAGCAGCUGGAGGAGAUGAGGACUCAGCUGGAGGAGCUGGAGGACGAGCUGCAGGCCACAGAGGACGCCAAGCUGCGUCUGGAGGUGAACAUGCAGGCCAUGAAGGCCCAGUGCGACAGAGAGAUACAGAACAAAGAGGAGCAGGGAGAGGAGAAGAGGAGGACACUGCUCAAACAGGUGCGAGAGAUGGAGGCAGAGCUAGAGGAUGAGAGGAAACAGAAGACUAUGGCUGUCGCCACCAAGAAGAAGCUGGAGAUGGACCUGAGCGAUGUGGAGGGGCAGAUUGAAGCUGCCAACAAGGGCCGAGACGAGGCUGUCAAACAGCUGCGAAGGUUACAGGCUCAGAUGAAGGAUUACCAACGCGAGCUGGAAGAGGCCCGAGCCUCCAGAGACGAGAUCUUCACUCAGUCGAAGGAAAACGAGAAGAAGCUCAAAGGCCUUGAAGCUGAAGUCCUGCAGCUGCAGGAGGACUUUGCAGCAUCAGAGCGAGCACGGCGUCAUGCUGAGCAGGAGAGGGACGAGCUGGCUGAUGAGAUCUCCAACAGCGUCUCUGGAAAGUCAUCUCUGCUGGAUGACAAGAGGAGGCUGGAGGCCCGCAUCUCUCAACUGGAGGAGGAGCUGGAAGAAGAACAGGGCAACAUGGAGCUGGUCAAUGAUCGCCUGAAGAAGAGCAGCCUUCAGGUGGACACUCUGACCAGUGAACUGACCACAGAGCGCAGUGCUGCACAAAAAGCAGAAAACGCCAGACAGCAACUGGAGCGCCACAACAAGGAGCUAAAAGCCAAGUUGGCAGAGCAGGAGGGCUCUGUGAAGGCCAAGUUUAAGGCCUCCAUCACAGCUCUAGAGGCGAAGAUCCUGCAGAUGGAGGAGCAGCUGGAGCAGGAGGCAAAAGAAAGAGCAGCUGCCAACAAAGUGGUGCGCCGGACGGAGAAGAAGCUGAAGGAGGUGAUGCUGCAGGUGGAGGACGAACGCCGCCAUGCCGACCAGUUCAAAGAGCAGAUGGAGAAGGCCAAUGCUCGCAUGAAGCAGCUGAAGAGGCAGUUGGAGGAAGCCGAGGAGGAGGCAAGUCGAGCCAAUGCAUCGAGGAGGAAACUCCAGAGAGAACUUGAUGACGCCACAGAGGCCAGCGAGGGCCUCACACGAGAGGUCAACACACUCAAGAACAGACUGAGACGAGGGGGUGCGGCCAGCACCUUCUCCUCCUCGAGCCGCUCAGGCCGCCGUAACCUCAACCUGGAUGGAGCGUCUGGGGACAUGUCCGACGACGACGCCGACAGCCGCGCCAGUGACUUCAAUGACACACAACCCACUAAUGCUAAUGAGUAAUGCCCCUGUGUGGCCACAUCCUUCUCCGUCAUUCCUGACCAGACCUGCUUCACUAAACCCCGGCACAGCUCUGACUCUGCUGUUUAUGUUCUGGACACUGCAUCGAAAACCACUGCCCCUUGGACCACGAGCAGCGGGGCAAAAAUACACUUGGCACUGCCUUAGUACUGGCAUCAUGUCCUCCCUCCUCCAUCGGGUAUCGAUUUAUCCACUCAGCUUGUUGAGAAAUAUACAUAGGUACCAAGUGCUUUUACAUUAAACUCCAGUAUGUGGCAUUUGUGGCGUUGUGCGAACUGGACAUGCAGGAGAUGUAUCUGAACAAAACAGAGAUUUGAAUGUUUAAGCCAUUCCUUACGGGACAGGCCAGCAUCAUUCAUCUCAAAACACGUCACAACCUGGUCCACGUUCAUCUCAAAACACGCCUCAAACUGGUCCACAUGUAUUUGAAAACACACCCCAAACUGAUCCGUGUUCAUCUCAAAACUCGCCCCAGACUGGUCCCUGUUCAUCUCAAAGCACACCCCAAGCUGGUCCACCUUCAUUUCAAAACUCACUCCAAACUGAUUUGCAUUUAUCUCAAAACACACCCCAAGCUGGUCCAUGCCCAUCUCAAAACUCGCCACGAACUGAUCCGAGUUCAUUUUAGAACACGACCCAAACUGGUCCAUGUUCGUCUAAAAACACACCCCAAACUGGUCCACGUUCAUCUCAAAACACACCCCAAAACUCACCCUAAACUGGUCCAGUCUCAUCUCAAAACUCGGCCAAAACUGGUCUCUGUUCAUCUCAAAACACGCCCCAAACUGAUCCGCGUUCAUCUCAAAACUCACCCCAGAUUGGAGCUUGCUCUAAAGAGCUUGCUUGCUGAGGCCUCUUCCAAACAUCUCAAAGUGACGAACAUCUCAACGUCUGGACUGAAGUUUUUUAACUGUGAAAAGAGGAUUUUUAUCUUCUGUUGCUUCAUCUCAAUUUGCCGCAAACGAAUGUCUUGAAUGUGAAUGGAAAGUCUCACUCUGUAUUAACCCUUUUGUAUUGACACUAGUGUUUAUGAAAAUGCUGAGAAUGACUCUGACUGUGUCAGACUGCGUCAGAUUAGGUCAGACUGGGUCAGUCUGAUUCAAUCUGGGUCACACUGGGUCAGACUGGGUCAGAAGUCCAGCAGCACACGCUCUGUUCCUUGUGUACUCUCACUAGAGCUUGGCCCUGUUCACUUAUAAAAGCUGAUAAACACUAUUCUCAGCCAUCAUGUCUCCUGCUUAGCCCCAGUGUUUUAUUUCUUUUUUUACAUUUAUGCUAAGAAACAACAGUCACCAAGUUUUUUUUGUUGUUUUUUUUUGCUUUUCCACAGUAUGGCAUUAAACUGUAUUUUUCUAUUAAAGGCAUAGACUUUAUAUAUAAAUGGACAUAGCUAACCUGCUAGCUGCUACGUUCCAAAGGAAGUGAUCAUGGGCACACGUCCAGCUCCAUCGACUCUGGCUCCGAUUCACGUUACGUUGGAAAACAUAUUACAUUCAACAGCUUCGCUCCUUAUUGGCUCUUUGGUUGCUAUGACACUCAUGGCUAGAGUUCCAAAUAUGGAACUCUGCUCCAAAUUGGCCCCUACAACUGCUUGCCUUGGUGAGCUUCAUUUGGAGCUGAACGUCACACUCAGUCACUUCUUCAAACAGUCUGUGGUUAGAGGUGUCCUAAUGCUAAAAAAUACAACCUUGAAAAACAAAACAGACCGAUGUGUUUAUUAAUGCCAUAGUGUAGAACUUUCCAGUCAGUACAAAUAAACAUCACCAUGGAAACAAGCAGGUUUCAGACCCUCCACCAGUAAAAAGUUCCAUAGUGCGCCUUUAAAUAGAGGCUUUGGAGUUUGUUUUAGGAGAAAGAUUGUGGCCGCACGGUGGCAUGAAAUUGGACAAUGAUAAAAAGCACUUAGUUUUCAAAGGUUGUAUUUUAGGCUGUGUCCGAAUAUCAACACCGUCUCAUACAGGGGGUUCUAUUUAGUGUCCACGCCAGUUUUAGUGGUGUCUGAAUGUCCAAUUGGUGAAAAAGUAGCGCAUUCAUAAUUUCCCACGAUGCACCUUGAAAAGUAGUGGGCAUCAGUGGUCAGUAGACUGGUCAAUAUAGACCAUGAUGCAUUAGGAGAGUCAUACAGGUCUGUAACUGGACACAACAUGACUGAAUGAAGCAGCUAGGAUCAAUAGUGAGAUAAACCAGAGCUUCUGAUUGUGAAUAAAACCCACUUAAAUAAACCACUGCUGUGUAAAGUUGCUAGUGUUAGCCGUUUUAGCUUGAGUUGUUAACAGAGCGAUAAUUUUAGCAUCUCAGACAAAAACUAUAAAAUAAAAUCCAGUCAGUUUACAUGAGAUCCAGUUUGACAUAAACGUGUAAGAUUAUUCUUAGUCCAUAAAGACUUGAGUCAGUCCAAUUUGAUCAGUAUUUAUGACACAAAUCAACUUUUAUAAGAGUUUAGACUUUAGACUUUUUUACCCAGAGCCAGACUCACAUGACCUGAGUCUUAUGACCCAAGUGUACUGAGCUGUGUGGAGUGAGGGAUCAGGGGCUGGGGGAGACAUUCAGACACAGCCUUAGUGUUUUAAGUUGUUUUGUUACAUUUUUUUGUUCAGAAUUUGCCCCAAACCCAACCAUUACUUUUAUGUUUGACCACUCCUCUCCUGGUACAAAGGAGAAGGAUGGACAUCUAAGCCCCAUUGCAAAGUAACACAUUAUGUUUCUUUGACAUGCCUUAGACACUCAAGAAGAACAUAAAGUGGGCCGAGAUCUCCUCCAAACAAACUCAUGAAUAAAACAACAGUAAUAAUAAUAACUCAAGUACCUACACGUUUUUGUAUUUUUCUCUGUGUGAGUCAUAUCAAACCCGCUACUGACACUUUAGAAUAUUUGAGUGUUUAGGUCAAAAUCACGAUAAUAUAGUGUUAUAAUGAACUACACAGGAAACUGCUCUGCUCCUUAUUUCCUCAGCAGUUGCACUUUUGAAAAUAUGUACAUUUCAUAUAUACCUUUGCCCCCAGGCCCCGCCCACAGUCAGGUCUGUCAUUAGAUUAUAUUGGCUGAUGUCGAUCUGGUUUCAUUUGGUUUGAAGCUUUAAUACCGACAGUAGAUAAACAAGUUUAAUUUAUCCCAAUCCAAACACGUCUCCAGUUUUUCUUGUACACCUGUAUUUCUAGACGCAACUUGUUUUUUUUGUAAAAGAAAAUAAAGCAUAUUCAUGGUAUUUGCUUCA